GGCGGCUCGGGGAUGCUGCUGCUGGCCAGCACGCCGUACGCCAGUCUGUCUCUUGCUGGAUUGCCCAUCGCCAUCAUGUCUGUCAGUGCUCCUCGAGCGGCGAAGCGGCUGCGCUUGAGCCUUUCCACCACCACUUCCGCUACCGUGUGCACAUCAUGUCGGCGUGCCUUUGCCUCAUCAACCCGCCUUCAACAGCCACCGCCGCCGGAGUCGUCCAGCUCCAAUGGCAAGACGACGCAUUUUGGCUUUGAGACGGUCGCCGAGUCUCUCAAGGCUUCUCAAGUCGGCGCCGUCUUCUCCUCCGUGGCGAGCAACUAUGAUACCAUGAACGACCUUAUGUCCUUAGGCAUACAUCGAGUGUGGAAGGAUAACUUUGUUCGUGGUCUGAACCCGGGUGUUCGAUACGCAUCGCUACAUGAGAAGGGCCAAGGGCAGAAGAUCCUGGACAUCGCGGGCGGCAGCGGUGACAUAGCAAUUCGCAUGCUCGAUCACGCGACGAAUGUCAACCACGAUCAUGCGACCCAUGUCACGAUAUCAGACAUCAACCCGGACAUGCUGAACGAAGGCCGUAAGCGCCUAUCUACCACGCCGUAUCACGCAGCGGGUCGAGUCGAUUAUCUGGAGGCGAAUGCAGAGGACCUACACACGGUGGAGAGCAAUAGCAUAGACCUGUACACUGUGGCAUUUGGGAUUCGCAAUUUCACGCACAAAGACAAGGCGCUGAAAGAAGCGUUCCGUGUCUUGAAGCCUGGCGGCGUUUUCGCAUGUCUGGAAUUUGCACCACAGCUGGCCAACCCAUUGCUCAACGGGAUAUACAAGAGGUGGUCAUUUAGCGCGAUCCCGCUGAUUGGGCAGGUUGUUGCUGCUGAUAGGGACAGUUAUCAGUAUCUGGUGGAGAGCAUUGAGCGCUUUCCCUCGCAGCGCGAAUGGGCUACGAUGAUACAGGACGCUGGGUUCUUGAUCCCAGGACAAAAGAGUGACGGCACCAUCACAGAAUCAGGAUGGGAGGAUCUCAGCCUAGGCAUCGCUGCAAUCCACAAGGGCGUGAAGCCGUUGUAGACGCCCAGUGGCGUGAACACCAUCAGCUCGCCAAACUGAACGCAUCAUCGAAUCCCAAAAACGUUUUGUAGUGACACUGAUGGGACAGGCUGACUUGCUACAAGCAACAUACCAUGCUGUUCACGUUAUCUCUACCAACUGACUAAGUCGUGGUCAGCCUGCAAAUGCAGCCCCGCGUAAUGUGUCAAGUUAUGCAACUUCGAUCGAACGCUGCGUGCACGGUUUUGUAGCUCCAAAAUAGGACAGAGUUCGACAUGAACCUAGCCGGGGCUAACUUGA